UGAUACCUUCACUUACCGUCGUACAUGUUAAAGUUGGACUUUAGCCACGGGUGCGACUCAAAAACAGUUUUUAUAGUAAUACAGAAAAUUGAAUUUUAGAAGCGAUUCUAUUAUUUGAUUGUUAUAACGGCAUAUACUGUACGUUUUACCAAGUAAGUUGACCACAUUAUAGACCGCGUUUGUCUUGUGCAUUUCACGUCAGACACGUCAAUGCAACAAAAGUUCAGUCUGCGGAGUUGUGAUAUCAAUAAUCAUGGAGGAAAAACAGAGCAGUACGGAAGCCAACAUUGCACCAGGGGGAGCAGGAACAACACGAGAUCGCCCAUGUGACCAAAGCCCUGAGAGAAUAAUCGGCAGACAGUUUUCUGAACAGAGCCGGUUUGCUUAUGCUGCUCUUUGUGGUGUCUCCUUGGGCCAGUUGUUUCCUGGAUCUGAAAAUAGCGUAUUUAGGGAGCAGUACCUACAGGCCUUAGUCCGCUGGUUGGAUCUGGAUGAGUCGGUGAUGCCAGUUAUGGGAGCCUUCCUGUCAGGUUUAGGCUUCGAGGGCUCUGACACCUUCCUCUCCACCCUGCAGGGCGAACCUCUCCUGGCGGCAGGGACCACCCCCAUCACGCAGGAUCUGGUGUCUUUUUCUGUCAAAGAUGGUGAGUAUGAUGCCAGGGCAAGGGUUCUCAUUCGUCACAUCAGCUGUCUGCUGCGAGUCUCUCCACAGGAGCUGGAGCAGUUUGAAGAAACACUAGGAGAGAGGCUGAGGGAAGGAGGAGAGGAGAGCAAAGAGGAGUCCUCACGGCGGCGGAAGAAAGAAAGAGGGCGAAAGCUACGGCGUUACCUCCUGAUUGGACUUGCCACUGUGGGUGGAGGAACAGUGAUCGGUGUGACAGGUGGGCUGGCAGCCCCUCUGGUGGCAGCAGGAGCAGGUGCUGUGCUGGGGGCCGGAGGUGCUGCUGCUCUGGGCUCGGUCACUGGCAUUGCAAUUAUGGCCUCUCUGUUCGGAGCAGCAGGGGCUGGACUGACUGGCUAUAAGAUGAAUAAGUGUGUUGGGGCGAUAGAAGAAUUUGAAUUCCUGCCAUUGAAUUCUGGGAAGCAUCUUCAUGUGACCAUCGCAGUGACAGGCUGGCUCUGUAGUGGUAAAUACAGUUCGUUCCAGGCCCCGUGGGGCAGUUUGGGCGAGUGUGGGGAACAGUACUGCCUAGUGUGGGAGUCACGCUUCCUCAGGGAUCUGGGCUCAGCCAUGACGUCUCUCUUGGAUGGGCUGGUCAGCAUGGUGGCUCAGGAAGCCCUAAAGUACACUGUGCUGUCAGGCAUUGUGACGGCGUUGACGUGGCCUGCCUCUUUGCUGGCAGCUGCCAGCGUCAUCGACAACCCCUGGUGUGUUUGUCUGAACCGUUCCGCCGAGGUGGGGAAACACCUGGCACAGGUUUUGAGAAGCCGACAGCAGGGGAAGCGGCCCGUCAGCCUCAUCGGUUUCAGUCUCGGAGCUCGAGUUAUCUACUACUGCCUGCAGGAGCUCGCCAGUGACCAAGGUAGUGAAGGAGUAGUGGAGGAUGUGGUCCUCCUGGGGGCCCCAGUAGAUGGCUCUGAGAAGGCCUGGGAGAGAAUGGCUAAAGUAGUAGCUGGAAAAAUAGUAAAUGGAUACUCCAGAGGGGACUGGCUCCUGGGGUUCUUGUACCGAAGUUCAGCUGCACAGCUGUCUGUUGCUGGCCUGCACCCAAUCAACAUCCAGGAUCAGCGCAUAAUCAAUGUGGAUCUUUCCUCUGUGGUUAAAGGUCACUUGGACUACAUGCGUCAGAUGGACACCAUCUUAGUAGCAGUAGGAGUUCCCACUAAAGAAGUGCCGGGAGCCUCUUUUGCAAUUCCUCAAUCUGUAACAGUCGCAAAGGGGACGGUGGGCAUCGCUGACGAAACCACCAAUGAGCGACAAGCGGCCAAGACACAAAAGCCUGAGACGCAACAAAGCAGAGAUGCGAAAGAGUUGGCAGAGACGGAGGAGACUGCUGACGGUUGGGAUAUCCCUGAUAUUUCAGAUUUGCUGGACUCAUUAAACGAUACAGAAUCAGACAGCAAAAUGUCACCGCAGAACAAUUCACCUCGUAUUUCAGACGAGAAGGCUCCUAAUAACACGACGGCCACUGAUCUGAAUGCCCGGUGUGACGGUGUAGACAAGGACGAGCAGGAUAAUGAACACAUAUCAUGGAGCUGGGAUGACACACACUGGACUACAGAGAACUCGCACAAGUGAAGGCGGCCAAACUUGUAAAGAGCAUGUUACUGGACCGGCUGCUUCCUUGUAAACUCUUCUCAAGUUUGUUUGUUUGGAUUUUUUUUGUUGUUAUUGGAGAAAAUAUUCAUUCCAUUCUCAACAAAGUGAAAUGCCAGAGACUGCACGAGAAUCGACAGCUUCCAGUGAAAAUCCCCUGAAUGAACUGUUUUGUUUGACUGCUUAAACACGGGUUUAGAUGUAUUGAUUGAAUGAUAAUUUUGGUUAUUGUAGAUAACUUUUUUUUAUAAAAAUGUAAAUAUGGUCAUAAUUUAUUUUACAAAUGUGCUUUGGGCAUUAAAAACCAGUGAUGUUUUGUGUG